UUCUAAAGGUCCGUUUUUUUUACUCAUAUUCCUAUUCCAAAUCUCCAUUGAAGCACUCUGUUCUCUUCUUGAAGCUCCUUUCUCAGUUUCAAGAUCUGUCCCUAUUUGCCAUUUGAACCCAAACCCAGAAAAAAAUGUGAUAUAUGAGAAAUACCCAAAUCACCAUUUCACUUGUAACCCUUUUCAGGUGUUCAUCAAACUAGAAACUCUAAUCUGGCGGCGUAGGGAGAAAAGGAAUGAAGAAGUGGGCAGGAUACUUGCUCAUUUUAGGCCUUGCUGUUACAUUGUUUAUUCGCUACUGCUCCAUCGAAAAACCCUUGCGAAAACAAUCCGCGUACGAUUUUUUCAACAAUCACCCACCCAUCAGUGGCUAUAACGCGGAGGAUUAUGCGAAAGAUAUUGGCAAUGACGAAAAUGAGGAGGAAAAGGUGCCUCCUAUGAAGGAAAUUGAGUAUUCCGGUUUCAAAGAAAAGCCCCGGUUUGUCAACUUUGACGGGUUGGAUGAUUUGUUUGGCCCGGUUGAUAAUGUUUCGAAAGCGGGUAUGCUUGUGUGGGGCCAGAUGAGGUCCUUGCUCUCUCGGACAGAUGCACUGCCCGAGACAGCUCAGGGAAUCAAGGAGGGCUCUGUGGCUUGGAAAGAGUUGUUGUCGAAUAUUAAACAAGUUGAAAUUUUCGAUGAGAAGGGAGAUGAAAAGGAGUGUCCUUACUUGGUAUGGAGGAAUGGGACUGUUAUUAAGAUUCCUUGCGGUUUGAUCGAGGACUCGUCCAUUACUGUGAUUGGGGUGCCCGAGUCGCAAAAGGAGAGCUUCCAAAUCAAUCUUGUUGCUUCUCGGCUUCUUGAGGAUCCAAAGCCCCCCAUUUUGCUGUGUUAUAAUGUUGUUUUGCCGGGGGAGAACUUGACUAGAAAUCCGGUUAUAGUUCAAAACACAUGGACCAAUGCUUCUGGUUGGGGCAAAGAGGAGAGGUGCCCGAAUCAUGGCUCCACCCACACGCUAAAAGUUGAUGGACUUGCGACGUGUAAUGCUAAAGUGAUCAGAAGCAACCCAGAUCGGCCUGUUUCAAAUGGAGAGAUGAGUGACGCUUCGAAUGGGACUGAACAAGGAAGAAGUCAUGAUUAUUUCCCAUUUGCUAAAGGUGUCCUGUUUACUUCAACGUUAUGGGCUGGUUCGGAAGGGUUUCAUAUGACUGUGAAUGGAAGACAUGAAACCUCUUUUGCCUAUAGAGAGAAACUGGAGCCGUGGUUGGUUAAUGAAGUCCAAGUGGAUGGUGGGUUGGGCAUUGUAUCAGCCUUAGCAAAAGGACUGCCAGUUUCUCAAGAUCCAGACUUGGCUGAUAUUGACCACCUCAAAGCUCCAUUUCUCAGUGCCAAGAAACGGCUCACUCUCGUGGUCGGAGUUUUCUCAAAGGGAAACCAUUUCGACAGACGGAUGGCUUUGAGGAAGUCGUGGAUGCAGUAUGAUGCCGUGCGCUCUGGGCAAGUGGCUGUCCGCUUUUUCAUUGGUCUCCAUAAAAGCAAGCAGGUGAAUUUGGAGGUGUGGAAAGAAGCUGAAACAUACAGAGAUGUUCAGCUGAUGCCAUUUGUUGAUUACUACAGCCUACUCAGUUUGAAAACCGUUGCGAUAUGCAUUCUUGGGGUGAAAAUCAUCCCGGCUAACUAUAUCAUGAAAACGGACGACAACGCGUUUGUAAGGAUAGAUGAAGUUCUUUCAAGCCUCAAAGAGAAGCAAAAGGACGGCCUCUUGUAUGGUCGAAUAUCUUUUGAAUCUUCUCCCCACCGGGACAAGGAAAACAAAUGGUACAUCAGUACUGAGGAAUGGCCUUAUUCAUCAUAUCCGCCCUGGGCACAUGGUCCGGGCUACAUCAUUUCACGAGAUAUCGCCAAGUUCAUCGUCGAGGGUCAUCAAAACAGGGACCUCAUGCUUUUUAAGCUGGAAGACGUCGCGGUGGGUAUAUGGAUUGAAGAGUUCAAACGCAAUGGGCGCGGGGUGAAAUACGUAAACGACGACCGGUUCUACAAUGCGGGUUGUGAGUCAAAUUACAUUCUUGCCCAUUAUCAGAAUCCAAGGAUGGUUCUGUGCCUGUGGGAGAAGCUACAGAUUGAGAACCAACCAAAUUGCUGCCAGUGAUUUUUUAAUACAUUCUUCCUCCGUAUCGGAGUUCUCGUUUUCUUUCCCGAAAUGUUCAGGAAAGAAAACUUUGUUUUUGGAAUCCUUUUACACUAUGUUUGGUUCAAAGAAUUUGGAAAGCAAAGAAAAGAAAAUGAUUUAACCUCAGUUUCCUCACCAAAAUCAGAGGAUUUGGUUUUCCCUCCUCUUAGUACAUUUUGCCUUCUCAUUUUCUUUUCCUUCCACUUUUCCUCUGUAACCAAACAAGAAAAACGUUUUCCUUCUCAUUUUUUUUUCCUUGCCCUUUGAAAUUACUUGAACCAAACAUAGUGCUAAGGAAAGGAGUAUAAAAACCAUUGCUAGUAGUAGCAGCAUAGGCUAGGAGUGAAGUCGCAUUAUUAAUUUUUUUCUUUUUUGGAACAAAGUUAUUUUGGUGAA